AUGUCCGGACUAGUCAGUUUCCUGAGUUGCUAUAUGCUAUCUCUCACCUGUGCGUCGUUGGUUUAUGCCGGAAUACCAGUUAACAGAAAUGGUGCCACUACUGAAGCUGAUGGUUUGACACUACAGCCAGAACAAGACGCUGAAAUGGUUUUUAAACCUGUGGAUGGUCACAUCAAGCUAGGGACGGUCACCUUCACAACGACUGGAGACUUUCAAAUCAGAGGCGAUCGGGGAGAUCCUGGUCCAGCUGGAGGGACCGGAAGAAGAGGUGCCCCGGGACUGCAAGGACCAAAGGGGGAAGCCGGUGAACCUGGAAGUUGUUCGGUCGACCGCCCUCAAACGGUGAGAUUUGCGACAUCUAAUGAAAAGUGCCAUACGGAUAACACAGGGACGGUGCGACUCCACCAUUCAGGGAAUAUUUUAGAAAUAUGCACUGGUAACCGAUGGCAGCCGUUGAAUAGCGGGAAGAUAGACAGCGAUAGUGUUGGCAACCUUCCCAAAACGUGCCUCGAUAUACUGUUCAGUGGCAAAGAAAACAAAGGCGAUGGCAUGUACUGGAUAAACCCAACUGACGGUGAUGACCGACAUAACGCCAUCCAAGUGUACUGCGAUAUGACAACCUCUGGAGGUGGCUGGACUUUGUCCGCUAAAGUGACCGACGACUACGCGUGGAUAUGCCCAGAAAAGAACGGUAAAACGUGUGCGGGAUCUGAUGUGGAUCCACGGGAGGCUAGUUUAUUCCAUGAUAUACACGAACGAGAUGAAGUGCUGCUAGAGUCGGGUACAGGGGCUGAAACUGGCGUACACUUACAGAAUAGUAUGAUAAGGAGAAUAUUCGUUGCCGGUCGACAACAAGUCCGUUUUACGUUUUACGGUAACGCUGACUGGAGGGCAACCGAGGACGGAUAUGCCAGUUUUCCAAGGCACAAGGAGAACACGCUGUUUUUGAACAAUACAUGGGCGGCAUAUGAUAAGCACAGGGCUGACUAUACCUGGAAUAUCAUUAGGCACACAAGAAAUACGAAAUUCACGGGCGGUCUCAUAUGCUGGGGCAUCAACGCUGGUGAGCCAUACAGAUAUUUUGACGAAGGUUUACAUAUGGGUAGUCCAGCUUACGGCGGGAAACCAUGUCACAUAGCAACAGACCAGAACGAGGUGAUGCUGAAAAGUCAUUAUGCGACGGCUAAUGGUGGGCACUUCAAGUGGAGCGACAGCCAUUCUCAGUACGGAUUUUUGAGAUCGGAACUCCAAGUCGUGAACAAUAAAAUCGCUAUCUGGGUUAGAUGA